GGAAAGGCCGUUACUAUGGCGUCUGAUAACGGCGUUACUAAAACCCUGGUUAAAACGCGCCCCCUCUGGCAUCCGUGGUUCCGGUUUUUGCCGCCGUCGCCGAAAAUGCUCAGGAGAUUGGUCGGAUUCAAAGCUUCGCUUCCAGCCCUCUCCUCCUCCGGUGGGAGGCGGGAUGUUUCCGAAGUCGCGUCCAAUUUCCCCUUCGCGAAUGGUAGGGAGGGCUCCAAGACUAACUCUUCUUCUGAGAGAAUUCAUAAUACGGGACCAUGGAGGAAGCUGCGCACUGCCAUGUCUUCAACAAAUCAGUCAGCUUCUCCAAGACAUGAAGUUGAAGUGGCUGAAAAUCUGAAGCCUUCACCACCAAAUUCCGUUGGAGAUGAAGAUGCCUUUGCUGAAUUGGGUCCAUCAAUAUCAGAAAGUGAUGAGUUGGGCUUUGGAUUGACAAAACAAAUGCAUAAGUCUGCAGGACCUCUAAGCAUACUCUCAGCUAAUGAAUCUCAGAAAUCCACUGUAACUUCACAAAGGCAUGAUAUUCCUAGGAAGAUGCCUCACAUGAGGACUUCCCUAAACCAGGAAAGUAAUCAUCCAGGUACAAGUUCCAACCUCGAAGGCUGUAAGAAUUUUUUAAGAAACAAAAUUGAAGCUGAAAAGGGGAAAUUUGCAGCUCAGAGUACUGAAAAACACACAAGCUCAUCCUCGAUAAUUGUUGAUAAGGUACCCUCAAAUAUCAGUCUCCUAGAUUUGAGGAAAGCAGUCUCAGUGUAUGGAGAGAUUCUGAGUGCUUCUGUGAGAACUAGACAAGAUGAUCUUACCAGCUGCCAUGUUAAAUUUAACGGUGUGGAAUCUAAGGAGAGAGCACUUGCAGCUGGGUGGAUCACCGUAAAGAACUGUCACUUACCAGUCCGAGGUGUUCAAUCCCCAGAAAAUAUUGCGAUUAGAAUAACCAAUAUUAGCAUGGAGACAGCUGAGCCGGCUAUACAUUCAACAUGCAUGUCAUGCGGGCACGUUUGUGGUCUUGCAAGGACAAAAGAGGGUGCUAUUGAUGUCGUGUUCAGAGUUAAGGAUAACUCGACUGCACAAACCAUAGUGGAGCGUCUGAAUGAUGUUUGCCUCGAUAAUUGUCAAUGGUUGGCUCAGUUGCUACCGGAAUUUGGUCAGAAUUUAAGGAGCAAUGUAUCUGGUUCUCAGUGGUCUGUUGGGUCACAGAUUAGCAAUUUCAUUGGGACCUUUCGAAAGCAGCUCCGCAUGAAGCAGAUCUAUUUGGAAGACCUAGAAGAGCUUCAUCAUGCUAUAUUACACCUCAGGGAUAAACCUGUUGAUAUGAACUCAUAGAUAGAGGAAGGUCAGUAUGUCUGAAUUCUAGCAUGUUAGAGCUCGGAAGUGCGCAUUCCAAUCUUGGUUCCGGCGAUCAACGGAGGAGAAGAAGAAGACGAACCCGAACCCAUGCACCUUUCUCACAGCGACGGCUGGGUUUUGUGCUCCUUUAUGGGAUUGUCACUGAUGACAACAACAAGGUUUUAGGCUUGGCUGAAUGGCCGGUGCUGGAAAAUGGACAUUUUUCAUAAACGAGUCAUUUGAGUAUCAGGGCCCAACUCCAGCUCAGUCCCGUCAUUUUUUUUAUUUUUCUUAUAUUAUUUGUUUAUAUUUGAUGGACAUGAAGAUUUAAUUGGUAAUUAUUGUUGAUAUAUGAAUUUAAUAGGAUAGUUG